UGAAGUAGACGUGUCAAGAAAAUGUUGAAGAAAGCAAUUAAAGUGUUAAUAGUUGUUGUCGUUAUGUGGUUUGUGUCCCUAAUUACAAUCGAGAGGGAACAUAAGUCGAAAAUGAGUGAUGAAGAGUUGUAUCAGGUGGCUUUGAAUAAGUUUAGAGUUAAAAGGAAUGCUAAUGCGUCCUCAUCGGACUUUAAGGUUUGGCAACAUUUUCCUGCUGUUAAUACAUUGUUAUCAAUAGAAGAAAAGUUAUCUAUGAUAAAAGGAUUUGACUUUCCUCCAGGUAUAGAUGGCAGACCGGUUAUUCUAGAAAAGGAUCUACGCACGUACAUAAAGCAAUUAAUAAGUAAGGGAUGGAGGGAACAUGCUUUCAAUGAGUUCGUGAGUGAUCUAAUUCCGAUGAAUCGGUCUCUUAUGGAUCCGAGAGAUGAAUGGUGUAAGUACAGGAACUAUUCCAGAGACCUGCCUAAAGUGGGGGUUAUAAUAUGUUUCCAUAACGAAGCAUGGUCUACGCUGAUAAGGACGGUGACUUCUGUUCUCGACAGGUCACCAGGAUAUCUUCUAGAAGAUGUCAUUCUUGUUGAUGACUUCUCUGAUAUGCCACAUUUAUCAGAACGACUAGAUGAGUACAUCAGGACCGUACCGAAGGUAACAUUGGUGCGGCUGAAACGUCGAGAGGGCCUCAUAAGGGCGAGAUUAUUAGGAAUUCAGUAUACAAAUGCUCCGGUAAUUUUAUUUCUGGACAGUCAUUGCGAAUGUGCUAAAGGUUGGCUUGAGCCUCUGCUUGAUCGCAUUGCUGAAAACCCAAAAAGAAUUGUGAGUCCGGUGGUCGAUCAUAUUCACGAAAACACAUUUGAGUAUAUUUCCCAAGAUGUUCAAGACCUACAAAUAGGUGGAUUUAACUGGGCUUUGAACUUCGUGUGGAGAGCUGUACCGUACAGCAUUAUCUCUAAACGAAGAUAUGCUGCAGCACCAAUAGAAACUCCAGCGAUAUCCGGUGGUCUUUUCGCAGUAGACAAAGAAUAUUUCCAAAAAUUGGGAGCGUACGACGAAGGUUUCGAUGUGUGGGGUGCAGAGAAUCUCGAAUUGUCUUUUAAAACGUGGAUGUGUGGUGGCUCAUUGGAAAUUGUGCCUUGUUCGCACGUGGGACAUGUUUUUAGAAAGAAAUUUCCUUAUAAAACUAAAGGGGAGACGUUUAAAAGGAACUUUAUGAGGCUGGCUGAGGUAUGGAUGGAUGAUUACGCUAAGUAUUUUUAUGAGCGACUAGGACACGAAAGAGAAGACAUCGGCGAUGUCUCACAAAGAAAAAAACUACGCGAAAGUUUGAAUUGUAAAUCGUUUCAAUGGUAUUUGGAAAAUGUAUAUCCCGAAUUGGAAUUACCGGAUUCGUACGUGGCUUCUGGUCAGACUCCAUCACCCUUCAAAGGUGAUCUAUUAAAGUUAGACUUGGAGCUACUCAGAAAACAAAACCAAGCUGUUGAUAGACAGUGA